CCUACACGUCCGACCCAUCUCUUUGUACCUGGGAGAUACCGUAACAAGUGUGCGCACAUAUCGUCACGCACAGCGUAAGCCCACGCAAGCAGCAAGCAACAGCAGUACUCAUGGGCAGCCCUUCCCCAAGGACACUCGAGGGGCUAGCGAUAGUCACGGGAGCUGGAUGGCUUACUUUCUUCCAGCUCCGCUCCUUGGAGUGUUCGUGCCUCUACGUCUGCCGCGAGUCUAGGCGUCAGGUUGCCCGUAGGGUAAGGGUAACGGACGGGACUCCCCGCACCCUGUGGCGCGUCGACAGAAGAACAACCUCCGCCGAAACGGCCGGCAGCGGGAGCUACUCCGGCGCUCACGGUGACGGCGUCAGAGGCGGCAGCGUGGCGGGGCCCAGCAAGCGGGCGGCGGCGGCGACGGCGGCUUCGGGAGCAGGCUGGAGUGGCUGUGUCGGCAGCAGAACCACCGGCGGCGGUGGCGGCGCCCAGCACAAGUUUUCGUGGCACGGCAGGAGUAGCAGCAGCGGCGACGCAGCAGCCGGGGCUGUCGUCGCUCCUCCUGGGUCUACCGCCGCCAGCAGAAUUCGGGGCCCGGCCACGAGUAAAGCUGCGCCCCCUGCUGCUGCAGCUUCUACGCCCCCUGCCACGCCCACCCCGGCCAGGGCUACUACUACUACCGCCUCAAGAGUUCCUCUCGUCAGAGCCGUCGGCGUAAUCUGGCAGCUGCCGGCGCUCGAGCUCCUCGAAGCGGGCUUCGGUUGGCCGCGAGGAGUAAAAGAGCUCCACUUCGGGGCAAAGUUCGACGAGAAGGUGGACAUGGUGGAGUUUCCGAAGACCCUGGAGGCGUUGACCUUUGGCUACUGGUUCAACGAGUCCCUGGGGCCCGGGCGCGUCCGGUGGCCGCCCGCGCUGAAGAGGCUCAAGUUCGGGGCGUCGUGGAACCGGAACCUGGUGGGGGCUAAGGACACCUGGCCAACGUCCCUCGAGGUCGUCAGGUUCGGCACUAGCUUCGACAAGCCCUUGAGGGGCGGAGAUGGCAUCGGGCUGCCGCCACGCCUGCGGGAGGUCCACCUGGGGGGCGUUUUCAACCAGCCGCUGGACGGGGUGGAGUGGCCGGCGUCCCUCGAGAAGCUCACGCUCUCGGAGUACUUCAACAAGUCCCUGGGGUUUGGGAAUGGGGACGGCGUCGUGUUUCCGAAAGGCCUGAGGGAGGUCGUUUUCGGCGGAAGGUUCAACCAGGCGAUAGACGACGUCGUUUGGCCGGAGAGGCUGAGGACGCUGAAGUUCGGGGACAAGUUCAACCAGGCGUUCCCUUCCCCCGGCAUCGUGUAUAGCUACCGUGCCCGCGCCGUCGGCACCGCCGACACCGGCGGCGGCACCGGCACUACUCCACCGCCUCCCUCUGCUGCUGCUGCUGCUGCUGCUGCUUCGCCGCCGCCGCCGCCGUCGUCGUUCCUGCUCCCCGCCGGGCUGAAGGAGCUCGUUCUCGGCGACGGCUACAACCAUCCGCUGGCCGGCGGCGAGCUGCCGGACGGCCUGGAGAAGCUGGUGAUCGGCCAGUCCUUCUCCUUCGUGUCGUCCGUGCACUGGCCGGCGGAGCUCCGGCGCCUCGAGUUGUCCUGCAGGUGGGGUGAUGCGCGAGCGGGUUCUUUGGGGAGCGGGGGGAGUCGCCGCCAGUGGCGGCCUUCUCGCUGCUUGUCGUUGCCGAAGAGGCUGGAGUACCUGGACACCGGAGACGGCUUCAACUCUCCGCUGGACACGGUCUCCCUGCCGGCGAGUCUGAGGGUCUUGAUCCUCGGGUCCGCGUUCAACUACCCCCUCGACCACGCCAACAACAACAGCAACAGCAACAACAACAACAACAACAACAACAACAACAACAACAACAACAACAACAACAACAACAACAACAACAACAACAACAACAACAACAACAACAACAACCCCCAAGAGGACGAGAACCAAGCACAAAGGAUACAACAACAACAAGGGCGAGGAGGAGGGAGUAGCAGCCACCGACAGCAGCAGCAGCAGCAGCAGCAGCAGCAGAAGACGUCCGACUUGGACGCCACCCCCGUCCCACCGCCCCUCCUCCCCGGCGGCCUAGAAGAGCUGCGGCUCGGCGCGGCGUUCAACCGCGAGCUCGAAACCGCCCGUCUGCCGGAGCGGCUGAAGCGCCUGGUGUUUGUGGCGGAGUCGAAGUUCGACCGCCCCGUCGCGGGCGUGAGGUGGCCCCGGGGUCUGGAAGAGCUCCGGUUCGGGAACUGCUUCGACCAGCCGAUGGAGAGCGGCAUCGACGGCUUCGACGGCUUCGGCAGCAGCGGCGGCUGCGGCGGUAGCGGCGGCUGCGGCGGCGACCCCGCUCUAAUGCUGCCGGCGACGCUGAGGGAGCUGCACUUCGGCUGGGCCUUCUCGCACUCAUUGCAGGGGCUGGCGCUGCCGCGCGGCCUGAGGCAGCUCUCCUUCUUCGCGCGAUACCCGGUGUCCCACGUGCGGGGGCUGGAGUGGCCGCCUUCCCUUCGGAGCAUCCACGUUGGCUCGUUCCGGUUCGGGAGUCGCAAGGACGUGGCCAAGUGGGCCGCACAACCCCCGUUUUGAGUUGUGUUUUGUUAGCUCUCCUUUUUUUUCGUGUUUUUUUUUCUUUCGCGGUGGCCUCUGACUCAGUGCCCCUCCCUGUACGUACACGGGUGUGCGGCUUUGGAAUCCGAGCGCAAGGGUAAUGUUGGAAACAUUUUUUUUCAGGAGGAGAGGAGGCGGUUGGCGAACGAACGAGGGGCUCCGUGGGGUGUUUGGCGCAGGACGCGCAAAUAAAUGUAGGAAAACAUUUCGGUUAAUGAUAUUUGGAACACGGAAACGUGUGAUAGAGAGGUCCAACACUCACGCACGCACGGGAACGGUUCCUUUCAAAGUAUUGGCCAAUCAGAACUGUUUGGGUGCGAUAACUUCGUCAGUGGCGGAAAGGUAAAGCAGGUCGACUUUCACGUACUCCUCCUUUCACAAUAUUGGCCAAUCAGAACUGUUUGGGCACGGCAACUUCGCCAGUGGCCGACAGAGAAAUAGGUUUUGACUCAAGACCUUAACAUAUAAUGUACGAGUGGGAGACAUGCGGGAGGCAAGAUGGGGCCCGCACGGAUUACAUAUCCAUGGUACAAAUGUGCUCCACGUAACUCCCAGAGGCCCCGUGGAUUAGUGCUCUACCGAGCACCCCCCCCAAAAAAAAACAGUACCCGGCAGCAGCAGUUCGUGAGUUGAAGGGAAAAAUUCUACCGGACUCAACAAUGCGGCGCCUUACAAAAACGGUUCAAGAAUUCCUUCUAGGUUCGUUCGUUUUGAGAACAGGAACCAAUCGUAAACGUAUUCUGGCAGCCAGAUCGUCGUGGUAGCGCAUCUCUGCCCAGUGUAGUAGAUGCACGGGAGAAGCACCUAAUUAUUCUGGAGCGGCCGUUGCCAGCAGCUUCUGACGUUACGGUACCAUAAUGCAACGAUUUCAUUCGCCGUUUGCGGGGGGGGGGCGGAGUUCCCAAAGCAGUCGUACAUACCCACAAGUCGUUAGACCAUUUACCUCGCAUUCCUUACAAAGCCGGGACGGAGCGCGCCGGGACCUCACCGCACGGGUCGCCCAAAAAAGAAAAGAAUAUUCGCGUUCGGAGGCUUUCUCAGCCUUAACGCAAUUCGUGAACAUUCCUAAUGUUUCGACGGAGGAAGGAUAUACACUUGGGCAAAAAUUACUCAUCUCUCUUGAAAAUGGAAAAUCUUCAACCUUAUGAAACGAAAUCCACACCGUGGCUGGUGCUGUGACACGUGACAGUGGCCUGCCAACGUGUGAUGACCGUUUCCUACCCAGCGCACAUCACACAAAACUUAUCGUACCCUACAAAAUGUUGUUAAAAGUUCAUAAAAACAUGAGUUCCAUUCCCCACCAUGCCCACCUGUCCUCUGGACGCGAGAGAGCAAGCAAAAAUCGAAAAAAACAAAACCAACCUGCUGAUGGUGUAGACAGCAAGGUCACCCCGUGUACACGAUGUGUGAUAGUCAAAUCGAUAAGAUGCCGGCAACAAUAUCGCCAUCUAUCUGCGGCUGCCAAAGAAGCUGUAUGCCGGAGCGCGCUCCCUCAGACCAAGCUCUCGCCCUCUCGAUCGCCAUCAACAGAGGCCACCCUGGCAAUGGACGAUGACCUUGCUACCAAUUCUUGCUCGGGCGAUGAGAAAGUCAAGGCGCCGAAGAACGAAAACGACGUGCGGACUAAAAUAAAGAAUAAACAAAAAAAUGUAUACUCCGUGCUGUUCUCUGUGCGAAUGAAAUCCAAAAACGAACUUAUAUAUCAAUGAUUUCUACUUGCGGCAGCAAUUCCCUUUCUGCUCCUCGCAUUCGCCCCGCCUGGGCACGAGCGGUACGGCCGUAUGUAGGUAACGCAUGAAUCCCUGUAGCGGACUACUGAGACAGCCAAGCAUAAGUAUCGCGAGAAGAAAUAGCCACAGCAGAGGCACACAAAAACAGCAACGAACGAGCAAUCGAGGCCGUGGUUAAAGCCAUUGAGCUGCGCGGGUGCCCACCAAAAAGUAUUCGAACCCUCCUCUCCUCUCUCUCUCCCUCUCUCUCCCUCCAUCUCCAACCUGCCAACGUCGCUCUAUCUGUAAAAUGCCAACCCAUUCACGCCCGAAACACAACCAACGAUAACCAAGCCCCCAUCCGCAAAAAAGUACGCGUGUGGUAGAUACGUGUCGCCUUGCACGAUCGUUACUAUCCCCCACCUCCCCACCUCGUCCGAAGAUCGGUUAUCACCACGGACAAUGUUCAUUCUCUCUCGUCUCCGUCCAUCGACAGCAAAGAAAAAGGAAAGAAACAAAAACAAAGACAGAGCUCAAUAAAAGCGAAACGCCGGGGGUUCCGUGAGAUCCACCAACGCGCUAGAGAUAGGGGCCUUCGUUUCUAUCCCAUCGACGCCACGCCCCGUCCCCAGGCGGUUUUCGAAAUGGAGCUCGAAAACAAGGCCGCCGAAACAUGCUAUGGCAGCGGUAGAGCUUCGUGGCGCAUCACCCGGGUCCCCC